AAAGCUAUCUCGGGGCGUCUGUCAGGAGGUUUCAAGUUUAGUCAAACAACAACCGGCCGCGUACAGCUGAUACCGCUCUGCUCAGCAAACCUGGUCCCUAAGUGGAGCCUGUAAAACGCAGUGCCCUGAAGGAGGAGACUGGUGCGGAGUUCAGGGCAGGAGUGAGGGGGUCCGUGUUUUGGCACGGCGCAGAUUUCACCGCAGGGCUCCGGCGGAGGCCGGUGACGAAGCUCCGAGCUCUGCCCUGCUGUGCAGAGCCCACAGAGGCCUCGUCCCACCGCCACCGAGGGCACGAACGCGGCUGUGAACGCUGCUUGCUCAACCACGACAGCCGAUGAAGAACAGCAAGGAAAAGUUACUAUUACUGCAAUGCUGUUCAUGCUACAUUUUCACUUAAAAAAAAAAAAAAGACAACGGGAAAAAAAAAUCCAUCUCAAUUCUCAGUGAAUACCACACCUUCAGCUACUCUGCAACAUCUGCUCCGUGCUUUCAUUCGAUCGGAUCUCAAAACGGUGGGGUUAUCUAUGGCUGGGGGAAAGAAAAGCUUCUAACAAGUAUUCUGGCAUUCUCAGCUUUACUUCACCAGCUCACGAAGCGGUUGCAUUAAAUCCACACUAUUUUUUACAAACACAGUCGGGCUUUCGUCACACCAGGCGGCCCCUCCGCGGCUGCUCCCGAGUCCCCGCGGUGCCUGAGGGCGGAGGCCGCUCCCGCCCCGCCCCGCCCGCUCCGCCGUGAGGGCGGGGAGAGGCCGCCGCCAUCUCCGGGUGCCGCCGCCCCGAGCGCCGCCGGGCCGGGCAGCAGCGCCGGCCGUGGGGCCAUGAGGAGCCGCAGCAACUCGGGGGUGCGCCUGGACGGCUACGCCCGCCUGGUCCAGCGGACCAUCCUCUGCCACCAGAACCCAGUGACGGGGCUGCUUUCGGCCGGGGCGGACCAUAAGGAUGCCUGGGUCCGGGACAACAUCUACAGCAUCCUGGCUGUGUGGGGGCUGGGAAUGGCGUAUCGGAAGAAUGCCGACCGGGAUGAGGAUAAAGCCAAAGCUUACGAGCUCGAGCAGAAUGUUGUGAAGCUGAUGCGGGGACUCUUGCAGUGCAUGAUGAGACAGGUAGAUAAGGUAGAGAAGUUCAAACGCACUCAGAGUACCAAAGACUGCCUCCAUGCCAAGUAUAACUCUGCAACCUGUGCCACUGUGGUUGGAGAUGACCAGUGGGGGCAUCUACAAGUGGAUGCUACUUCCCUCUACCUGCUCUUCUUGGCACAGAUGACUGCAUCAGGGCUACGUAUUAUCUUUACCCUUGACGAAGUAACCUUUAUCCAGAAUCUUGUUUUUUACAUAGAAGCUGCCUACAAAGUUGCUGAUUAUGGAAUUUGGGAACGUGGUGAUAAGACAAACCAAGGAAUCCCUGAACUGAAUGCAAGCUCCGUAGGGAUGGCCAAAGCUGCUUUGGAAGCAAUUGAUGAACUAGAUCUUUUUGGAGCUCAUGGAGGACACAAAUCAGUGAUUCAUGUUCUUCCUGAUGAAGUGGAACACUGUCAGUCUAUUCUGUACUCCAUGUUGCCAAGGGCAUCCACGUCAAAGGAGAUAGAUGCUGGCCUUCUGUCUAUUAUUUCUUACCCAGCUUUUGCAGUGGAGGAUGUAAACCUUGUUAAUGUAACCAAGAGUGAAAUCAUAUCCAAAUUGCAGGGCCGUUAUGGCUGCUGUCGCUUUCUCCGAGAUGGAUACAAGACACCCAGAGAGGAUCCAAGCAGGCUGCACUAUGAUCCUGCUGAGCUCAAGCUCUUUGAGAAUAUUGAAUGUGAAUGGCCAGUAUUCUGGACAUACUUCCUAAUUGAUGGAAUAUUUAAUGAGGACAAAAUUCAGGUACAAGAGUACAGGGAGGCUCUGGAAGGAAUACUUAUUAGAGAGAAGAAUGGAUUAGUGCUAAUGCCUGAACUUUAUGCAGUCCCUCCAGAAAAGGUGGAUGAGGAGUAUGAAAAUCCUCACUCAGUGGAUCGUGUCCCAGUGGGAAAGUUGCCACAUCUUUGGGGCCAAUCAUUGUAUGUCCUGAGCUGCCUGUUAGCAGAGGGAUUUCUUGCUGCAGGUGAAAUCGAUCCCUUAAACAGGAGAUUUUCCACUGGAUUUAAACCUGAUGUUGUGGUACAAGUAACUGUUUUGGCAGAAUCUAAUCAAAUUAAGAGUCUCUUGCAAGACCGUGGAAUCAGUGUUCAGAGCAUUGCUGAUAUCCAUCCACUCAGAGUGCAGCCAGCUCGCAUCCUCAGCAACCUCUACACCAUGCUGGGCCGGAACAAGAACAUGAAAUUAAGUGGCCGACCACACCGACACAUCGGGGUGUUGGGCACCUCCAAGCUCUAUGUAAUAAGAAAUCAAAUAUUUGCUUUUACCCCUCAGUUUACUGACCAGCACCACUUCUAUCUGGCUUUAGACAAUCAGAUGAUUGUGGAGAUGCUCAAGACAGAGCUGGCUUACCUCACUUCUUGCUGGAGGAUGACAGGGAGACCAACCUUGACAUUUCCUAUCACCCACACAAUGCUUGUUGAUGAUGGUACUGACAUUCAUCCAGCAGUUCUUGCUACAAUAAGGAAAUUAGAAGAUGGUUAUUUUGGAGGUGCAAGGGUGAAACUAGGCAAGCUAUCAGAAUUUCUUACCACCUCUUUUCACACAUAUCUGAGCUUUCUGGAUCCAGACUGUGACCUGAAACUGUUUGAUGACUGUAAUGACGACUGUCAUAGUCCUGACAGUGAAUAUGGAGACUACCCAGCAGAUUUCUGUGAAAAAGAUAGCCAGGAUGAGCUGGAUCAGUAUAUAAAUGAUGUCCUGCAGAGCACAGCACUGAAGUCAUACCUGCCUCCAACUUCAAACACAAGUCAACCACCUGUGUUCAGUGCAAACCAUUCCACAGAAGAGAUACUGUCAAUAAUGGCCAAGACAAAGGGCUUAGAAGUUCCAGCCAUGUCUAUGUCUCUUCCCACUAAAGUUCUGAACACACACCGAAAGUCUCUAAAUCUUGUUGAUAAUCCUCAUUUCUUUGAGACAAAGGACUGUGAAAAUGUUUUGCACUUACCUAAAGAUGCUCAUGGUGAUUUGGAUUGCAGGAAGCUGGUUGAUCAGCUGAAGGAAUGUCCAACACUCCAUGAUCAAGCAGAUAUCUUGUAUAUUUUGCAUAUCCUCAAAGGUGCUGACUGGGACACAGAGCUGGAUGGACAGUAUGGUGUCACUGUUCACUGCCUCCUCAAUGAGCUCUACAGAAAGGCAGGCCUCAAUCAGGAAUGGGGCUUAAUCCGUUACAUUUCUGGCAUACUCAAGAAGAGAGUUGAAGUCCUGGCUGAGGCAUGCACAGACCUUCUGUCACACCACAAGCAACUUACAGUGGGCCUGCCACCAGAACCCCGUGAGAAAAUCAUUACCACCCCACUGCCACCUGAGGAGCUCACCGAUCUCAUUUAUGAAGCCAGUGGCCAAGACAUCAGUAUUGCAGUCCUGACACAGGAGAUAAUUAUGUACUUGGCGAUGUACGUCCGGUCACAGCCCAGUCUUUUUGUGGAGAUGCUCAGGCUCCGCAUUGGUCUGAUAAUCCAGGUGAUGGCCACUGAGCUGGCACGAAGUCUGAAGUGCUCAGGUGAAGAAGCUUCAGAGAGCUUGAUGAAUCUAAGCCCCUUUGAUAUGAAAAGUCUCCUACAUCAUAUUCUCAGUGGGAAAGAGUUUGGAGUGGAAAGAAGCUUGCGACCUGUAGAUUCUUCUUCAUCCAGCCCUGCAAUUUCUAUUCAUGAGAUGGGGCAUUCUGGAGCAACCAAAACAGAAAGAAGUGGUAUUACUAAAUUGAAGAGUGAGAUGAAGCAGGUGAGGGUUUUCUAUCAAUGCUCAUCAGAAAGUACAUUCUUUCAUGAGGGGCACUCCAUGUCCAGCAGCAUGUUUGCAUUGAUGUCCUUACAGAGGAGCAGUACUCCAUCAUCUCCCACCAGUAUUUCUCCGACCGGCUCCAGUGGAGACAUGAGCUGGGGAGACAGAAAAGGGCAGUGGCUGCGCAGAAGGAGGCUUGAUGGUGCUAUUAACAGAGUUCCUGUUGGCUUUUAUGAGAAAGUGUGGAAAAUCCUUCAGAAGUGCCAUGGUCUGUCAAUUGAUGGAUAUGUCCUUCCUUCUUCAACCACCAGAGAGAUGACCCCGUGUGAAAUCAAGUUUGCAGUGCACGUGGAGUCGGUGCUGAACCACGUCCCCCAGCCCGAGUACAGGCAGCUCCUGGUGGAAGCUAUUCUCGUCCUGACGUUCCUCUCCGACAUCGAGGUGAACAGCAUUGGGGGCAUCAUCCACGUGGACAGAAUCGUGCACGUGGCCAAUGAUCUGUUUCUGCAGGAGCUGAAAUCAUUUGGAGCUACUGGUAGUAUCUUGGAGAAAGAUGCAGCCACAGGAAUUUGCCACUAUUUUUAUGACAGUGCUCCCAGUGGAGCCUAUGGCACCAUGACUUACCUAACAAAAGCCAUAAUUAUUUAUUUACACGAUUUCCUGCCCAGCACAGGCUGUGCAAUGCAGUAAGUGAUGCCUCACACAGGAGGGAAGGCUCAGAGUCUCUUCCUCCCCUGUUUGCUGUCACAAACCCCUUGGCUGGCUGAUGCCUGUGUGUGUGCCCAUGCACUCCCUCAACAUUUGGCAGUGCUGGGGAUGCUCUGUGCACACCUACUGCUGGGGACAGGGAGCUGGAACUUGGCCUGGUUUUAGGAGAGUGUGCAAGAAGUAACAAAUAAUGAGGCUUAUUCUGCCCAAAGUGCAUAAAUGUAAUUUGUAUUAAAUUAUCAAGAAUUAUACAUUCUGCCAAGGGCAAAACAGAUUACUUUGUGGAGAUCAAAAGGCAUAAUAAAACAAGGGAGCUGCAUCACGGGCAUAGAGCCUCACAAAUAAGGGAAGUGAUGGAAUUCAUUAAUUUUUCUCCUGCUGCGUGUAAAUGUACAUCAUUGUGAAUCACUAAUGCACAGUGUGAAACAUCCAGGGAAAUGUAAAUUAGAGGAGUAAGAAUAAUUUGAAAUAACAUGGUGAUAUUUCUAAUACACUUUUAUCCUGAUUCUCUUCUCAUUUGCACCUAGUCAGUGCUGGGCUAAUGCGAGAAGGGACAAAUAUCCUACAAUAUCCACUAAUUUGAGAGGAUAGCCUCUGUCAGGAAACCACAUCUGUUUUUAAUCUGAACGGCUUUCUUCCCUGCAUCCCCAAGACUUUGGAGGCAAAAUCUCAAGACUCCAGCUUCUCCAGUAUGACAGACAGUUUUAUGCCUGUAAUCCUUUCCUCUGAAUGGAGCAAGAUAAACCUCUUCCACUUGAGCACCCUUUCCAAGUCUCCUGAUCGUUUCCCUCGCAAACAGUCUCAGAGUUAAGAAUGGCAUAAUUGUGGCUUUUCCAGUGUAGCAUGAGUUUAUAGAAGGCUUUGAUGUUUCUCUUUGGUUUUGGUUCCUUUUCUUUCUUUUUUCCUUUUCCAUUUUUACUUUUUCUUCUUUCUAGUUUGAAGUCACAGUGGUCUCACGUAAUUAGGGGCUGGGCUGCCUGGAAGUCUCCCUGCAGACAGUUCCCAGGUUAAUGCUGUCAGAUAGAGGGGAAAAGAGCAGACAGGCCUGUAAAAUAAGUGCUUUCUGAGCUAUAUAGGCCUGAUAAGCUGUUUCUGUGAGCCUCCCGUCCACUCUUUCAAAACAUAACUGUGCCAUUUGUAUAGGAUUUAUUUUUAUUUUUUUUAACAAUAGUGUGUGGUGCUUUUGAGAGUGAGGUUUGUGUUUCCAGUAGAAAUAAUGUCAUGUCUCACUUGCCAGCCCUCAUGGUCCCAGGAGAUCUGAGCUCCAAAGGCCACGACUCCCUGCCUGCUGUCCCUCUACACAGUAACUGCUACUGUAGCAGUAUCUGGGAACUGGCUCAAGAGAGUGUAGAUAUAGGAGGCCUUAUUGUGAGGUGAUUUAAUGUUUUUUUCAGAGACCAGAGGAGUUUAGUAGUCCAGAACCCUUUGUUAACCACCAUGGGAACUGUGGGCUGUACAGGGGCCAGUAUAAAGUGACAAUUCAGGUACAAUUAGCACUUAAGUGUUGAAGUUAUUUUAUUGCCACGGUGCCUGUUUUGUAAGGGUUUGCCUUUGUUACUGUUUGGUUUGGGUUGUUUUACUUUUCAUAUGUGUUGUGAGAGCUCACUUGGGUUACUUCCCGGUAAAAGGAAGUGAAAUCUUUUUUUCUAGCUUAAGCAGGUGUGACAGUGCAGAGCAUAAGCACAAAAAGCGCAAGGUGAUGAUUUUUUAUUCUACGUAGUAUCAUACAAAAGUAGUAGCAGUUAUUUUUGCUUUUCUUCUUGAAUCCUAGAUUGAGAGAGAUGCAAUAUGACUUUUGUCUCAGGCUUGUAUUUUUUUUUUUACCUACUGUGUGAAUUUGUUUUCAGAAACAAGAAGGCUGAUGUUGGUUUUCCAUGAAGCUGCAUUGAAGUCUAAAGAAAUUAAAUGUAUGGCCUAACAUACCUGGGCACCUCUUAGCACUUCUUUGUUUUUAAAUGGGAGUGUCAUUGGUGUCUUUAAUACCAAAUUCACAGUAUCACCUAGGUUAUAGUAUAUUAAUGAUGAUCACAAUGAAUUACCACGUGGAAUGCAAGCAAUUAGAAAGUAUUUAUGUGGUAAUUUGUAGAGUUUAGGUAUCUGGUGGUACAGGUGGUACUCAAACACAAGGUCAGUGGAAGGUAAACUUAUAUUAUUUGCAGACACAUCAACAGCAUCAUUGAUCUCCCUCAGCUGCUGGUCCCACAGGUAACUGUGAAAACUGAAUGGGUUGAGUACAAAGUUUGUCUGGCUUCUCUCCUGCUAACUGUAGUCUCCUUUCUAAGGGAGAGAGUCCUGCUUGUUCCUGGAAGGUGCAGGUGAGCCACAGAGUCUUUAGUUGCCCUGAAAAGGAGCAGCCACUUUCUGUGGAGUAAUGGAACACCUGGCCUGCCCCUUGUCAGCAUGGGACACUGCAGGAAUGUGUCACCCCUCUGGCAGUAGCCAGGGCCUGGAGUGAAGCGAGAGCUUGAGUCAGUCCAAGUCCGAUCUUGGGCACUUUUUGAAAUGGUCAGGAGGUAGGAACAGAGUUGCCCAGAAAGCAGGAGACAGAUGCUACCAGUGGUGGCAUCUGUAGCUGUAGGGUGAGAGCUUGGCACUCAUCUGCAGGCUGCUUAAAGGACUACUCACAUCUAGAAUAUCAAAUAGCUGCUGCAUAGAGUCAUGACUGAGCAAAAGGGGUUGAGGAUGGGGGUUAUAGAAGAAGAGCUUCAGCUCAAGCAGUUUGGAUUUAAGUACAAGCAGCAGGGCUUUUUCCCACUGCAAGUUUCAGUCCCAAGUGGCAUUUAUUCCCAGCAUUACCUGUUUCACAGUAAGUGCCCCUGUCACCCCCCUUCUGUCAGGGAUCAGGGGGCUUUUUGUGCCACCAGCAGCUGACAGGACAGUGCUGUCUGUUUUGGCUCAGUGAUUCAGUUCCUCUCACACCUCAGUCCUGCAUUCCCAAAAGGCUCUCACUGCCUGCCGAGUGAAGCUGUGCUACCACCAUACCUUGGCAUCCCCUCUCAGGAAGUGAUCCCCUGAGGCCAGUCCCCUUCGUGCCAGGUUCAGGAAUGUGUCCUUUGUGGGGGACAUCCACACUGGAGGCUGCCAGCCAUCCUUCAGAGCUCCUGUGUCUCAUUGUACAGCCUAGCUUUGUCCUCUUUAAUAGGGCAGGUGGCAAAGGGGGACUCUAGUGCUUCAGUGUCCAGUUCCACCUUGUCACUUCACACCCACCACAAGGAAGCCAACGGGGGAAGCAAGAUCCCACCACACAGUAGUGGUUGGCCAUUGUAAGUGGAGCCUUUUUUGCCACUCCACUGGAAUAAGGUGGGACUGAUCAUCACAGUGCAUAGAUGAGAAUAACUGCAUGCUAAAAAUACACAUUAUGUAUUACC